GGCCCCAUUUUCAUCUCUCCUCAAAGUCUCUCUCUCUCUCUCUCUAAGCGUACACAUAGACACAUAGAAGUGACUUAUUGAGACGAAGAAAAUGAAUAGUGGCCAGGAGGAUAUUGGCAUCUGCCCUAGCUUCAACUGCUAUUCAGCUGAUGGAUUGGCAGAAAUUGCAGUACAAGUCUCCAAGGAGAACUCCAAUGAAGACGAUGAGGAUUUUGAGUUUUCUUUGGUAAGCGAAAGUAAGGAAGUUUUGACCGGAAACAGCGAAAUCAAGUCCAUUUUCCCUAUAUUUAAUCGCGAUCUCUUGGUGAAUAACGACGAAAAGAUAUUGGAACCGUCUGAUCAGGUGGAGAGUAUUAAAGUUCCAUUAAGUAAAUUAUUUAUCGAAGAUCGUGGUGAGGAGGAGCGUGAGAUUCCAUCGUCGUCUUCAUCGGAAGCUGAUGAAUUGGAGAGCGUGCCAGCGGGAACGUACUGUGUGUGGAGGCCAAAGGCGACGGAACCCUCGCCGAGCAGGUGUCGGAAAAGCAAGUCCACCGGAUCUCGCUCGAGGAGGUGGAAGCUUCGCGAUUUGAUGCGACGAAGCAAUAGCGAUGGCAAGGACUCUUUUGUCUUUUUGACACCGAAACACCGGGAAGAGAAACCGGAGAAGAUUGAGACUUCAAAAAAAUCAAAAGCAAAAGGCGCCGUCCUAGGUGGCCCGCCGGGGUCAUCAUCAGCUCACGAAGCGCACUAUAUAAGGAAUAGAGCGAUCAAAGAGGAAAAUAAGAAAAAAUCGUAUUUACCAUACAGAAGAGACCUCGUAGGGUUUUUCGCUAAUGUCAACGUUUUAGGCAGGAGUUUUGCUCCGAUGUAGAACCCGAAUGGUUAUACCUUCAGUUCAAACGGUGGUACACUUUCGAAAUCUUUGUUUAUUAACUUAAACUUUUCCAUUUUUAUCCAUAGUUGUCGAUAAUUUAGUCACAAAUGCUCGAUACUUUGUUGAUAAUUUAAAUAAUUUAUCAACUAAGAACAUGUGCAUAGAUAGUAAAUUGCAGUUUCUUUGCUGUUUCUCGAAAUGGUUGGUGUUGUACUGUAAACGCAAUUGGUUUGAGUGCACAAGUGUUUCAAGAUACUAUACUUGAUAUUACUUUCAGAUAUUAA